AUGCCACCCAAGGGCCUUUACCACCAAGCUGCUCUCCCCGAAGCACGAGGGCUGAAGUAUGACGAGUCCGACAUGGCUCUCUUCCACGCCAAGCUCUCCUAUCACUCCACUAUCGAAGCCCGCAUGGCAUCCAAGGACUCCAACCUAGCAUCGAUCUCGGAUGCCCAAGCGCGGAUCCUCAAGCGCUGGGAGAUGCUGAAGCAGGUGGAGAAGGAGAUGGCAGACAAGGGCAAGUCUCUGUCUCCCGCGGAAAGAAAGCAGCUCGCACAAUACGAGUGGCGGUACAAACGACUGGAGGAGGUGGCGACCCAGAGCACUAGCUGA